AUGAUUUCCGCUGUUGGAUCUGUGCAUCCUCCCCAACAGAACCCAAAUGGCAUUGGCCUGAGCCUUUCCUGUGCUAGCGGCAACGUCGUGUUCUUCGUCCCGAUUCUGGAGGAGGGCCAGAAAAUCAUUGUGGAUUUCGAUGAUGUGGAGGAGCCUGCCUCUCUAGGCUAUGAGUACCUUUACCAACCUCCACAUCGGUUCUCAUCCUUUGUUCUUUCACAAGGGCAAACAGUUAUCUUUCCACCUGGGCAAAUCUUUGCCUACGCAACGAUUUCGGAACCAUGCAUCAUAACCCCUGGAUGCAUUAUGCAAGGCUCAUACUUCCUUGCUGCAGGGUGUAUGAGGCGCUCGUUUCUGGCCAGCUGGCUUGAUCGCAGCUCCAAGGAUGACUCCACGAGUGAAUAUUCCUGGAGCUCUACCGUGACGGCAUGCUUAAUGGCCAUGGUGUUGAAAGCAGUGCAUGAGCCAUCCACUCCAGAACGACAACCCCACUCGGCGAACAUCCCCAACUUGUUUUCGCUGGCAUCAAUGGCACUCAUGUUCAUUGGACAGCAAGAGCACGAAAUUGGGGAAGUCGCGAAGGCCCUGGGACACCGCUGUAUCGAGCAGGAUCCCAAAGCUUGUGCAGACGUUGUGGCCGAAUUCAACGACCUUAGGAUCGCAAAUCAUGCGUACAAGGGAGAUGAUCUCACCCCCGAUCAGCGUACAGAGUGUGAUGCCAAGGCAGCUGAGUUCCGUCAGAGUAUGAUGACUGCUGUCCAGAACAUGAAUUCUUCUUGA